AAAAAAUCGGUGUCAACAAGUUUUCUUGCCUAGUUUUUCGGCCUUUACAGCAAAUAUUUAGCCAAAAUUCAUAAAAGGGAUGUAAAAAAUAAUAAAACAAUGGCUAACAUAAAGUCAGGAAACCAAAACACCCGCAAGAAAGUCCAGGUUUCAAUGGUAAUAUGCGAGGCCGAAGAAAAAAGGCAUCGUUCCGGAGUAAACGCCCUUCAAUUGGAUCCAUCUCUGGAUAGACUUUACUCUGCUGGAAGGGACUCUAUAAUAAGGGUCUACGAACAUGAAAGAUAUUUGAAUGGGAUGGAACACCAUACUGACUGGGUGAACGAUAUAAUUAUUUGUUGUGGCGGAAGACACUUGAUUUCAGCCAGUUCUGAUACUACUGUAAAAGUAUGGAAUGCCCAUAAAGGAUUUUGUAUGUCCACUUUACGAACACACAAAGAUUACGUUAAAGCAUUGGCAUAUGCUAAAGAUAGAGAGCAAGUGGCCUCAGCUGGGUUGGACAAAUCUAUUUAUUUAUGGGAUAUUAACACGCUUACUGCCCUAACGGCAAGCAACAAUACCGUUACAACUUCCAGUUUGAUUGGAAGCAAAGAGUCCAUUUAUAGUUUAGCUAUGAACCCCUCAGGCAGCAUUAUAGUGAGUGGGAGUACCGAGAAGGCUUUAAGACUGUGGGAUCCAAGGACCUGUGCCAAAUUAUUUAAGCUUAAGGGUCAUGCAGAUAAUGUUAAAGCUUUGGUAGUGUCCCGCGAUGGGACACACUGUAUUUCAGGGAGUAGUGAUGGAUCAAUUAAAGUUUGGAACCUUGGUUUACAAAGGUGUAUUCAGACUAUAAGGGUCCAUUCUGACUCGGUGUGGGCUUUACUAGCAACUGAAAGUUUUACGUACGCCAUUUCCGGCGGAAGAGACAAAAAAAUUAUAAUGACGGAUUUGAAAAACGUACCAAAUCACGUGGUGGUUUGUGUUGAGGAAGCGCCAAUUUUAAAAAUGUGUUUUACGGCUGACCAACUUUCAGUUUGGGUUUCAACCGAAAAUUCAUCGAUAAGAUGUUGGAAACUUCCCACAGAAAAGCAUUUUAAAGAAGAAGUAAAAAUGCCGAGCACUCCAAUGUCUGUCAUAGCAGGCGGAGCAGCAAUUCGACAGGCUGUUGUUUUAAAUGACAAGAGGCAUAUUCUCACCAAGGAUGCCAAUGAAAAUGUCGCGCUUUAUGACGUGCUUCGGGCCAGAAAAAUUGAGGAUCUUGGUAAAUUAAACUUCCAGGAUGAGGUGAAAAACAGACACAAAAUGGUUUAUGUGCCAAAUUGGUUUAAUGUUGACCUAAAAACAGGGAUGCUAACAAUCCAUUUGGGACAAGACGAGGUUGACUGUUUUUCUGCUUGGGUUCCUGCCAAAGAUGCCGGCAUACGUGACACUCCAGAUCAGCCGGAACAAAAAGUAAACUACGGUAAACUUCUUUUGCAAGCUCUUUUCGAGCAUUGGAGAGGGGUGGAAAGCAAUCCAGAAAACCGAGUGUAUUUUAGCGUUCCAAAACAUAUUCCACUUAUAUUAAGUGAAGUUGGUGGCAGAACAUUAUACAGGGUGUUAGUUGGCGAUACAAGUGGGGACACGGAAAACGCACUUUUAAACGAAACAGUGCCGAAUUGGGUGGUUUCAAAUAUUGAAGAAAAUUGCAUGAAUAAAUUUAUAAAAGUGCAAUUUUACUUACAACCUCAUUCAAGUGUUCCUUCUCACUUACUUAAGCAAGACAGAAUGAAAAAGCCUGAUCGAUUGGUGGCUAAUGAUUUUAUUCAGUGUAGAAAAGUUGCAGAACAUGUUUUAGAGAAAUUGUUGGGAGAUGGCACUGCCAGUACCCCUGGUGGAGGAGAUGCAGAUAAUAGCCCCACAAAUAAUGGGUACAGUGUGGACCAAAUUGAACUGACCUGCAAUGACCAGGUUUUGGACCCCUCAAUGGACCUAAGGACAGUAAAGCACUUUAUUUGGAAGUCAACAUCCGACCUAACAUUGUAUUAUAAAAUAAUUAACGCAAAAUAAAACUUGGUCUUAAGUUUUUUACAAAAUCAAAAAUCAUUUAAAAAG